CGAAAAAAACGGAAGAAAAAAAAACACCUGCUGGAGAAGGCUGAUUUUGGCCCAAUUACCUCGCCUCUUCCUCUCUGUUUUUAUUCACGAUCCCAGUAGUUGCGGAACACUGCGUCGUUGACCGUGAAUAUCCAUUUUGCGACAUUUGCGUCAACAGUGAGCAAUAGCAAUCAUCGGUCAUUUGAAGUUGAAAUACGGUGGUUAGUUUCAUUGCACUAGCGGGUGGUUUUCCACGCGUUUCUUGUACAGUAGGCUAGUAAAUAGUGCAUUUGAAAUGCCUGUCUAUAAAUUGUAAGGUUACUAGGAUGUGCAUUGGAUGAACAGCAGCCUAAACCGGAGAGCUAUUCGAUCAGGAUAAAAUAUUGGAUACUGCUUUAUUUUAGGACUUGCUUCCGUAUUUUGACACAUUGCCGUCGGUUGGAAAUGGAGAUUGCCACCGCACUGGGGUGUUUUGUUGGUUUUGCCUUCGGAGGACUGGUAUUUGUAGCGUAUAAACUUGGUUUACUGUAUCAGUUGUUUCAUAAGACUGAGACCCAGAGCCCUCGCCAUGGUGGGGAGAGUGUGGCAGAGGUUCUGCGUGCCCAUGGGGUUAAGUUUGUCUUCACCCUGGUGGGGGGGCACAUCUCACCCAUCUUGGUGGCCUGCGAGAAGCUGGGCAUCCGCAUCGUGGACACCAGGCACGAGGCUACUGCCGUCUUUGCAGCUGAUGCAGUAGCCAGGCUCUCUGGCACUGUAGGUGUAGCUGCAGUGACUGCUGGCCCAGGCCUGACUAACACAGUCACAGCAGUGAAGAACGCUCAGAUGGCCGAGUCUCCACUGCUUCUCUUGGGGGGAGCUGCUGCAACACUACUUCAGGGUAGAGGAGCGCUGCAGGACAUUGACCAGAUGUCCCUGUUCAAGCCGCUGUGUAAGUUCUGCGCCUCAGUGAGGAGUGUGAAGGACAUCGCCAUCACUGUGAGGAAGGCCCUGGCCAUCGCCCAGUCUGGAACUCCAGGCCCUGUCUUCAUAGAGUUCCCCAUCGACACACUCUACCCCUUCCACCUGGUGUCCAAAGAGUUCGGAGUGAAAAACCCUCCCAAGGGAAUAAUGGGGAAAGUUGUCACUUGGUAUCUCCACAAUCACCUAAAGAACUUGUUUGCUGGGGCCUGGGAAACCAGAGACGUGUCCCCUCUCCCUGUACACAUCCCUCAGGCAACAGACAAUCAGGUACAAAAGUGUAUAGAGCUGGUGAGCAGAGCCAAGAAGCCUGUUAUCCUACUGGGGAGCCAGGCAACACUACCUCCAACACCUGCAGAUGACAUCAGGGCGGCUCUGGAGUCUCUAGGUAUCCCCUGCUUCCUGGGUGGAAUGUCCCGUGGCAUGCUGGGUAGGAACAGUCCCUUGCACAUCAGACAGAACAGGAGGGAUGCCCUGAAGGAAGCAGACCUUGUGCUGCUAGCAGGAACUGUAUGUGACUUCCGAUUAAGCUACGGCAGAGUGCUGAACAGGCGCAGCAGGAUCAUUGCUGUCAACAGAGACAAGACUCAACUUCUGAAGAACUCUGACAUGUUUUGGAAGCCCACUGUGGCCAUUCAGGGAGAUGCAGGCUCCUUCCUACUCCGCCUCUCCAAAGGCCUCAAGGGCCACACAUGUCCAGAGGAUUGGCCACAGAGUCUCAAAGCAGGAGAUGUCACCAAAGAGAAGGCUAAUCGGGGGAAGGCUGAUGAGAAGACGGACCGCCACCUGAACCCCCUGAGUGUCCUGCACCGUGUGGAUGAGCUGAUGGCUGACGACAGCAUCAUAGUGGCGGAUGGGGGCGACUUUGUGGGCAGUGCUGCUUACAUCAUGAGACCAAGGGGCCCACUCCGCUGGCUGGAUCCAGGAGCAUUUGGAACCCUUGGUGUUGGAGGAGGGUUUGCUCUGGGAGCCAAGCUGUGUCGACCUGAGUCAGAGGUGUGGAUCAUUUAUGGCGAUGGAUCCCUGGGAUACAGUGUUGCAGAAUUUGACACCUUUACCAGACACAAGACGCCAGUAAUUGCUCUGGUGGGGAACGAUGCCUGUUGGAGCCAGAUCGCCAGGGAGCAGGUUCCCAUCCUGGGCAGCAACGUGGCCUGUGGCCUGGCCUUCACAGAUUACCACAUAGUUGCAGACGGUUAUGGAGGCAAAGGCACCCUCAUUGGUCGCGAAGACGAGGACAAGCUAGAUGGCAUCAUAAAAGAGGCACAGAAGGAGACCAGACAGGGAAGAGCCACACUUCUCAAUGUUCUCAUAGGGAAGACCAACUUCAGAGAGGGUUCCAUCUCUGUGUAGAGUAGCUCAGAGACUGCAACCCCUGGGGUCUCUGUCUGGACCUGUGGGUCCUAAAACCUUCCCACCUUGCCUAGAAACCCAAAUAUGUUCACAUGCUGUGGAACAGUACAACUGCUGUAGUUCUCUGGUGAAGAAGAGAAAACAAUUCAGGAAGUCAAUCUUCUCAACCUUUAUCAGCCUUUCAAACAGCUGUGAAGAUAAGUUUUGAUCAUGGACUUUUUGGUUAUUUUUGCUGGAGAGAACCAAACUUGACAUGUAUGCUUUGGAAAAUGAACUACGCCUGGCUUUGCUGCUGUUAUGUAGUAGGCCAGUAUCCUUGCUGUAUACACUUAACUAAUACCUGUGUAUUGACUUCAGAUUGCCUAUUGAUCUACUGAACUCUACCUUGAAGCCGGCCAUUUAUUUUGAAAAACCAAAUAAAGUGAAUUUUCGAAUGGCAUGUCCUUCAUAGGGAUAUUUAGGGAAAUUAAUCAUACACUAACCUACAAGUCUCAGCAGGAUCUGUAGGGUUAACAACAAGAUAAUAAUACAAUUGUAAUCAUUUAAUUUAAAUGGUAUAUAAUUGAUGAUUGUAAGGCUUUGAUUAUUGAACGUGCUGUAAGACUCCACUAAUACACAGUCCCGUGUGGCUCAGUCGGUAGAGCAUGGUGUUCGCAACGCCAGGGUUGUGGGUUCGAUUCCCACGGGGGACCAGUACAGAGAAGAAAUUUAUGCAUUCACUACUGUAAGUCGCUCUGGAUAAGAGUGUCUGCUAAAUGACUCAAAUGUAAAAAAUGUAAUACAUCAAUCAACAGAAUGGAUACAAAAAUACAAGACGCUCUAUGAAAAAGGAAGGAAUUUAAACUGGAAGAUGUUACCAUAUUUUACCAUUUGGGUAUUGAUCAUUAUAAUCUUAAAUAAAUGAUCAAAUCUGACUUAUUACACUGCUCAUACUAUUUCAGGUUGACCUACUUUAAGGAAUUCUGCAUUAUCCUGAUUGUGCAAAUUGAAGUCCACCUUAAAUUUGAGUGGUUUUUUUAAAUAUUGGAAUAUUUCUCUUUUGCUUUGAAUGUACUAUUCAUAAUGUUUGGGUUGUUGUAAGGAGGGGAAUUGGAAGACACGUGCCCUGAAUCUGGGUCUGAGAAUCUGUUGCACUAGCAUUUGGUAUUUGAUUAUAUAAUAUUUGAUCUUCUACAUAAGCACAGUGAUACUAGUAUGCCUCUUUUGUUUUUCAAUGUUGACACAAUGCAUUUAGUCAUCAGUUCUGGAAUCCGAACGCUGUGGGAUUAUAGGGACAGUUAUAUUUGCGUUGCAAUAGAGAAUAAUGUAAAUCUAGUGUUUUUUCCCCCUCUAUUGAGUGGUGCCUUUGUGACACCAACUACAUUGGUUGUCUAAGUCUGAGAUACUGACCAUUGUUAUGACCAGUGUAUUACUACACUAUCCACUCCACUGCCCUCCUUAUCCUCUAUCAUUUACCUUUAACUUUUAUCAACUCAGAUGUCAAGAUUGUGUUGGCUGUAGGCAGAGCUACUGUACAUACAGAUCUCUAUAUGUCUCUGGCUAUAUAGUCACAAACAUGCUAGUCUUGCGUUACCAUACUACAAAGUCUUGUUAAAUGAUUGUUCUACUGUAUUAAUGUUCAAUGACUGUUUUGGAUAAUAGGAUAUGGUUUGCUUUUAGAUUCAAUGUUCAAAGUCUACAAGUGUUAAUCAAUGUAUUACAUAUUAAUAAUACAAUUUGGAUCAUUUA